UGGCUCCAUCUAUUGGGAGGAGCGGCCGCGACCUCGGCCUCCAGUGUCCCGGGCGGAGUGAAGCGGAGCCGCGGCCGCCGCAGCCGCCGCCGCCGCCGCGAUGGUGCUACUGGGGCUACUGCAGGCUGGAGGGUCGGUGCUGGAGCAGGCGAUGGAGCAGGUGACGGGCGGCAACCUGCUGUCCACGCUGCUGGUCGCCUGCGCCUUCACGCUCAGCCUGGUCUACCUGUUCCGCCUCGCGGUGGGCCACAUGGUCCCGCUGCCUCCCGGGGCGAAAAGUCCACCAUACAUUUUCUCCCCAAUUCCAUUCCUUGGGCAUGCCAUAGCAUUUGGAAAAAGUCCAAUUGAAUUCCUAGAAAACGCAUAUGAGAAGUAUGGACCUGUAUUUAGUUUUACCAUGGUGGGCAAGACAUUUACUUACCUUCUGGGGAGUGAUGCUGCUGCACUGCUUUUUAAUAGUAAAAAUGAAGACCUGAAUGCAGAAGAUGUCUACAGUCGACUCACAACACCUGUGUUUGGAAAGGGAGUUGCAUAUGAUGUGCCUAAUGCGGUUUUUUUGGAACAGAAGAAAAUGUUAAAAAGUGGCCUUAACAUAGCUCACUUUAAACAGUAUGUUUCAAUAAUUGAAAAAGAAACAAAGGAGUAUUUCCAAAGUUGGGGAGAAAGUGGAGAAAAAAAUGUGUUUGAAGCUCUUUCUGAGCUUAUAAUUUUAACUGCUAGCCAUUGUUUGCAUGGAAAGGAAAUCAGAAGUCAACUCAAUGAGAAGGUGGCCCAGCUAUAUGCAGAUCUGGAUGGAGGUUUUAGCCAUGCAGCCUGGCUCCUGCCAGGAUGGCUGCCUCUGCCGAGUUUCAGACGCAGGGACAGAGCUCAUCGAGAGAUCAAGAAUAUUUUCUACAAAGCAAUUCAGAAACGCAGGAAGUCAGCAGAAAAAAUUGAUGACAUUCUCCAAACUUUACUAGAUUCUACAUACAAAGAUGGGCGGCCUUUGACAGAUGACGAAGUGGCAGGCAUGCUUAUUGGGCUGCUCUUGGCUGGGCAGCAUACAUCCUCAACUACUAGUGCUUGGAUGGGCUUCUUUUUGGCCAGAGACAAAACACUUCAAGAAAAGUGUUACUUAGAACAGAAAACUGUCUGCGGAGAGAAUCUGCCUCCCUUAACUUAUGACCAGCUCAAGGACUUAAAUUUGCUUGAUCGCUGCAUAAAAGAAACAUUAAGACUUAGACCUCCUAUAAUGACCAUGAUGAGAAUGGCCAAAACUCCUCAGACUGUGGCAGGGUAUACCAUUCCCCCAGGACAUCAGGUGUGUGUUUCUCCCACUGUCAAUCAGAGACUGAAAGACUCGUGGAUAAAGCGUCUGGACUUUAAUCCUGAUCGCUACUUACAAGAUAACCCAGCAUCAGGAGAGAAGUUUGCCUAUGUGCCCUUUGGAGCUGGGCGUCAUCGUUGUAUUGGGGAAAAUUUUGCUUAUGUUCAAAUUAAGACAAUUUGGUCUACUAUGCUCCGUUUAUAUGAAUUUGAUCUCAUUGAUGGGUAUUUCCCCACUGUGAAUUAUACAACCAUGAUUCACACCCCUGAAAACCCAGUAAUCCGUUACAAACGAAGAUCAAAAUGAAAAAGGCUGCAGGGAACUAACAUGUAACACAUCACUGUAAAGAUGCAGAGGCAUUUGAAGAGAAUGAAGUUCAUGAAACAACACUGUAAUGUUUUCUUGAGUGUGUAAUUGUAAAAGCCAGUAGAAUUUGAAGAUUUCUUAACUGAAUGAUACUGUUAAAUCUAAUGGAACAUUUUUCUAACAAUUUUGAUACUAUGUACUUUAAGGAUGUUAUGUUCAUUAAUAAAAAAAAAAAUUAGGGGAUCUAGGUAACUGACAGGUUUUAAAUGAUAGUUUCCAGGUACCAGUUUUAAAAGUACAAAUAGCUCUUAGUAUAAAAGUCUAGUGAAAUACUUCAAAAGGCUAUUCUAUUCAUUUACCUGGGGUAUUUUUUUUUGUGUAUAAAGAUAGAGUGGGAGGGAAUAAAGUGACAUUUAAAGCCUUAGGUAUGGGAGUAGUCUGUUGUUUUGAUGUGAUAAUACUCAGCAGUGAUGGAGCUUUGCUAUAGAAAAAUGUGUCCUUGGAAAAUUUUACUUGAAGCCUCACUAUAUGAAAAUGAGAGCUCUAGGGACAUGCCUUGAUAUAAUCAUAUUUCCUAAAAACAAUACAUUAAUACUUAAUAGUGCUUAUAUGUAAUAAAUAUGUAUCUGGUUCCACAAGACCAU